UUCUUACUUGUUCAUAAUAAACAUGCCUAAAAUUAAGGAAAGAAGAGCUGAAAAUCUAUAUUUAACGAAUAUCAUGAAAUCUAUAAAUAUCAUCGUUAGACACUUCCCCCAAAGUUCAAAUACUGGGUAUCGUAAUGACACUUUGAAAUGUAUGAAGCGAGCUGCACGCGUUGAUAAGCAGUUACCAAAGUACUCGAAAUUUAUCAGCCAGAGUUUAGUUGGAGGCUUAUUUUCCACGAAGCUGAACUGUUAUCAAAAUGGUAUUAGGAUUUGUGCGCAUAUAUAAUGCUUGUUGGCCUGGAAAAUGGCCCAAUACUCAGAAAUCGAUUCGACCAUUAACAUGGUCGAAAUAAUGGCAAUGCUGUUGCUCGCUGGGCUGGCUUUGGCCAGUUCCUUGCAGUUGGAGUUCGAUGAAAUCGAUUCCCUGGAGGGCUAUCAAUUUAUGGAAUUACGUCCACUUGCCAAGGAGUUCUUACAGCACUUUAGGAAUAUAGCUGAAAAAGACCUGGAUUUACCUAGCAGCAGUCAGCAGGAUUCACACUGUUUGUCAGAUAUGACACAGCUGCUGAGUGCGCUUAGAUCGAAAAAUAUUUGGGCCUUAAAGAUGUUCGACGCAUGGGGCACAUUCCCCAAGGGUGUGCUGUAUGGCAACCAAAUAGAUUUGGGCAACUAUGAUGAGUGCAUUGGGAUUAACAAGGCUAUUAGUGAUAACCACGCUAUAAAAGGAAAAUAUUGCCUUGCUGGCAUGCCCUUCGUCAGAGGCAUUAUACUAAGGACUGCCGUUUGCUUUCCCGCCUCCUGCAACUCAACGCACAUGGAUAAGUUUCUGCAGCCACUGCUCGAGAAACUAUUAAAUAUAAAAACCACAAAGGCUCUGAUAAGCGAAGACUCCUGCAGAACUAAAGAGCGCAUAGAAUACGAUGGUCUUACUAUAUUUACUAUUGUUUUAGUCUCACUAUUGCUUGCUGCCGUCCUUUUGACAACGGCAUACGAUUAUUUCUUCUGUGAAGAUCAAAACCAACUGUCCGCCUUGAUUAAGAUCUUCUCAGCACGCGCCAACUCCCGUGUGCUAUUUCGUCUCGUCCAGCCCAGGUCGAAUCCAAAUGUUAUCGAUUGUCUCAAUGGCAUGCGCUGCAUGUCACUCAUCUGGGUGCUCUUUGGCCACCAAUACCUGUUCGCCUUGAUGGCGCCAAAUAUCAACCAAUAUCAAUUGAAAUGGUGGUUCGGGAAGCCCUUUACAAGCUUUGUGCUGCAUGCUGGCUUCUCUGUGGAUACAUUCUUGUUCCUUAGUGGCCUCCUGCUGGUCGUGAUAUCGAUGCGUCCUCUCGAAAAAUCAAAGGGUAAACUGAAUAUUCCUAUGAUGUAUCUUCAUCGCUAUUUGCGCCUCACUCCAGUUGUUGCUCUGGCCAUACUCGUCUACAUGACUCUAUUGCCAUUUAUGGGCGAUGGUCCUUUAUUUGAUAGCAUUAAGUUCGAUGACUAUAAUCAUUGUAAAAGAACCUGGUUCUGGACUUUACUCUUUUUACAAAACUAUGCGACGCCAGACCUAUGCAUCAAUCAUAGCUGGUAUUUGGGCGUGGACAUGCAGCUGUAUAUACUCUCUCCCAUAUUUCUGCUUUCCUUGUACAAGUGGGGUAAGAAAGCUGCAGCUGGAAUCUUUGUUCUAAUGCUCCUGCUCUCCGCUUGCCUCUUCAGCACAAUGAUGAUCAAGCAAUAUCCCAUUCACAUGGAAAUUGGCGUCACUUCAGACGAAGCUCAACGGAAACUCUACUAUGCCACCCAUGUGCACGCAGCUCCUUGGCUGAUCGGCGUACUCUUUGGCUACUUCCUGCAUGUGAAUCGCAGUAGGAACUUUCAGCUGAAUCGCAUUGAGGUCUGGCUGGGUUGGAUCAUCAGCUUGGGUUUGAUAUUCACUUGCAUCUUUGUGCUAUAUCCAUUUGCCGAUUGGCUGAAUCCGCCAUUGAGUAUGCUGGAAGAGGCUUUUUACUACACGCUAGCUCGCAUGGCCUGGCCCCUCAGCUUGUGCUGGGUGGUCUUUGCCUGCAUGAGGGGCUACGGUGGCUUGGCCAAUAGUUUUCUCUCCUGCCCACUGUGGCAGCCGCUGUCAAGGAUCUCAUACUCUGCCUACAUAUUUCACAUAUUCAUACAGCAAGCCAAUGGUCGACGCAUGCGAACGGGCACAUUUUUCUCCAACUACGAUGUGAUGUUACUCUUCUGGAGUGGCUUUGGCUUUGUUUUACUGUUGUCCUACAUUGUCUAUAUUAUUAUGGAGGCACCUUUCGGCGUGCUAGAGAGCAUGCUUAUAACCAAAAGGAGGACUACAACAAUAACCAACAAAGCAGAGCUUAAUCCACAAUUGAACUCCUAUAGACCACAGAAUACAUAAAUCACUGCGAAUUCCUACGGUCAGUCACAGACACUUUAUUGAUUAUAUAGUUAAGUACAGAUUUCUAUUUAUAAAACUGCUUUUAUUUUACAAAUCUUAUCAGGUUCAUGAAUGGUAACCUUGAUUUGCACUCGUGAGCUGUCAGAAACGAGAAAUUAUCACAGAUAUGCAUUGAAAGAUAUGCUAUCUAUCUCUUACACUAUACCAACGACUUGAUUGUAGUUCAAUUUAGAAAUCCCCCAAGCAGCGACUAAAGUUCAAUAAAAGAUAAUUAGGUUUAGGGGGAAAGGUAGGAACACGAGAAGAGUCAGAGGAUUCUUCCUCACAGCAUUAAGAAGUUGUAUUUUACUUUCUCUUUUUAAUUAACUUAAGUAUUUAUUAUAAUAUAUUCGAUUAUUUGUCUAGUUCAGUAAGCUCGAUCAUUACGUUUCGGACCAUCGAUUGGUUAAUGAAAUACACAAAUAAUUAGCUAAAAGAAUA